CAGAGCAGGAAGACGCGGAGCAGCGGGCUCAGGAACUACUACUGGCCGCUCCCCCGGGGCCACUCUCUCGGACCGGACGGGGCGCAGCAAGCGGACUCGCCCCGUCGUCAUUGCGCUAGAAGAGCGCGUGUGUGCGCGCGCGUGGUGGCCGCCCCCCCUCUUCUGGACACGCUCGUUGUUGCCGCACCGCUUCCGCCGCGGCCACUUUCGCCGCUUCCCCGCAAGGCUCGACGAGGAAGGAAGACGUCGUCGACCCGCGCCGCGCCGGAGGUGCUGCUAACACGGCGCGGUGCAUCGCCACGAAGUCGUGGUCGUCGUCGUGGUCGCUACGACUUCGGAGAAGCGGUCGCUCUUUUAUUUAUUAUUAUUUUUUUUUGCCGACUUACUCUAUAGCAUACCGAGGAACGAGAUCGACGUCCCGAAGUGGUGGAACCAUACCCGAGGAGAAGACCUCGGCGAAAUGGAAAAGACUCCGUAGGGUGUGCGGAAGAGCAGGUGGAGGAGGCGUAUACUUCUUCGUAUCUGCUGCCAAGACAAGCGGAUAAAGUUUUUGCUAGAGGCUGAAGAGAGAAGGUCUUAAGCUGCUGGCGGGUUGAUAUAUCGGACCGGAAGGACCCCUUCAACGAACAAGACUUGCUUUGUGUCGGUGGAAGUGUAGUUACGAGCGGGCUUCUUCAUUCCUGUUGCCAAGACCAUCGUCGAGGAGAGCGGUUCUUCCAGCGGCCCUGCAUCUUCUCCGGAGAGGGACUCGAGCCACCGGCCAGCACGUCUUAGACUAGAAGGACAUUCUCGUCAGCGUGACACGUAGGUGCAAGUGUCCGUGUAGCUUCCGAAAAAAAAAAUUGCCAGUGUGCCAUUGUUCGGUUCGCAGCAGUUGCUCAUCCCUGGAAACCGUGGUAGUGAACACCUGGUCAUCGUCCAACGACGUUACCUCCCGUGGUGUGCCCUUAGCGACGACAGCCGCAGGAAGCGUCGAUUUCGUGUGUCGAAGCAAAGGGCCCCUUACGUCUUAACACUCUCCGGGUCUCGGUGCACAGUGCUUCGGUCUCGGCGAGCACUUUGAACAGCUGUCACUGAGGAAUACUCUGAGGCGUUACUUCAGUGUGCCCACUACUGUCAUUGGGGACCCCCGAGAAUUGCAAAAGAAACUGUGAAGUGAACCUUUUACUUUUGGCCGACUUCCAGCUUUGGCCUUUCAUCGUCCUUUUACUAGAACCUUUCUUUUACUAUCGCAUCGAAGUGCUAUUGUUCGGACGACUUCCGAGAGAAGCAUCCAUCUGCUAAACUAGUGCCUUACCGCCCAAGCUGCUUGCUGUGUCCGUAAAUACACAUAUUUUUUGCGUGGUUCUGUGGUUAACACCUGUGUACGAGGAAGUGCAACGACGCUUUGUUGUAAACGCGUCGGCUGUGAACUGUUCGUGUUUCCUUUUUUCUUUCUUUUUUCGGCUAACUUUUUCUGAGUGCGCCGCGAAUAUUCGUUUUCGGCCGUUACGUGCUCCACUUCCGUUUGUGGUCCGACUGCGAUCGAGUGCUGCGAGACCCUGAUGCACCCGCACGUGACUUGUGGUUCGUGACAAAAAGAAAAAAAAAGAGUGAGUGAAUUCCGGAGAAAGAGAAAACGUCAGUGGUCGCCAACAUGGAUUACUGCUGAGGAAUAACACGCCACGAUGAGGAGGGAACCCGACGUCGAAAAGAAGAAGCCGGCCGAUUUCCCACCGUUCGUCGUGCCCGGACCGGGAGCAGGAAAAGGGGGAGGAGUAGGCGACGGCGACUCCCCGGCGGCGGCAGUCGGCAGGACCCCCGGGACCGCCGCUACCACCACGACCCCGUCGGCGACGGGGCCUGCUGCCGCCUCCUCGGCGAAGGCCCCGCCGGUCAGCUCGUCCCGACUUCCCGGCGCCCUCCCUACGUCUCCCGCGUGCGCGGCCGACGACUUCCUGGCCUACUCGUUCCAGCGCAAGGCGCCCUACCUGGUGUGGGACGACGAAGGCGGCGGCGGCGGCUGCGCCAGGCACCCCCACCUCCCGCACUACCAGGGUCCGUUUCGCUCCAGCCGGCCCUGGACGCUGCGACAGUCGCGGCGAUGUUGCCCGUGGCCCUGCGUGCUGGCUGUCGCGCUCGCCUCGGGACUGCUCUUCGGGGCGCUAGUGGCGCUGUGCGCCUACCUCAGUGUGAUGACCAGUCAACAUAUGCACCCAUCCGUCCGUCUCCUAGGCGCCGUCAGAGUGGUCGAGGGCGACGUGUGGAACCCCAACCUGCUCAAUUCCACCUCGAAGGAAUUCCGAGUCAAGUCGGCCAAGUAUGCCAACAUGCUCGAAGCAGCAUGCAGGAAGUCACCGCGGCUCAACAGUUCUUUGAGCAAAGUCACUAUCUACGCUUUCCGACGAGGGAGCCUCAUCGUGCUGUUCGAGCUCGAGGUCGACAAGCGUCACACGCCCGCCGCCGCCGACCUGGAGAGCGAGUUCCGGGAGACGCUACGGCGUGAAGCCGAGAAAGGAGCCCGAGGCGCGUUCGGCCAGCUCAGGAUCGACUGGAACGCCAUACAGAUGACGGAAAUGCCCGAAAACAGGUUGCUCCGUCCUGGUAGCUCCGUCGACGAAGAUAGCACAACGGGCAGCAGCGCAACGGUGGACUACUACGACCGGGACGGCGAUCAGGAGCAGCGGGACUCCGACCAGUGGAUCAACCAGCACAGUCAGGACCCGAGCGAUUACUUCGCGCAACACGACAACGAGAGUUCGCCAGGGGCCGCCACCAGCGCGGACUCUUGGCAGCCCUUCUUUCCAGAACAGACAGAGGGCGGCGAGCGACCGGAAGGCGAGGUCGGCGAAGUCACGUGGGAGACCGCUCCCGAGCUGUCCGAAGACGACGAUUCUCACUACGACGUCGCGCACGAUCGUCCAGAAUCCAGCUCGAGUCAGCAGCAUCAGGGAGGUCACGCCGCCGCUGCCCUUAACGAGCACGGAAACGCAGGCGAGACGACCGGGCCGCAAGUAGUCACGGAGCCCGUAGACACGACGGAGGAAAGGUACCCGCACGUCACCGACGCGUCGCCGCCAACGUGGACACCGCGCCCUGUUGCAACUAGUCAGGAUAUGCCUACACAUAAGCACGGCUCGGAACUGACCGAACUUACUGUGGGAGCUGGAGUCGUAGUCAAGGCCAACGGAAACCCGGUGCAUGCGUCCACAAGAAACGCCACUAAGGCAACACCCGUUAGGCCUCUCCUUGUGAGCUCCAAAGACAGGCAGGAGUCAUCGUCUCCGUCGGUUUCUGUUGAGGGUCCCAACGUCGCAAGCUCCACUACCUCACCACCCGUGAGAAAACCGGUGGUCCACACGCAAGUGAGCGGGUCUGCUGUUUCUCCCGCAAACGGCCAAUCAAGCGCCGAGGGUCCACCUGUUUGGCGGCCGUACAAACCACUGUCCUCCUCGGAAAUCAGAGUGGGCGGAACGCCGUCAAGUAAACCGCCUGAAGGGAGUUCCGAAAAACCGACGCAGGGUAUCGGGCAAGCCUGGCAGAUACACCUAGACGAUCCCAGUACCCACGCAGGACCCGGCAUGGCGCUGAACUACGGACCGAGACCCUCGCAGACGGCGACGAACGUGGGCUCCACGCGCGAGUCUUCGGCAACGAAGACACGUGACAAGACACUGGCUUCCGGUAUCUCGUUGUCCGUGGGGACCGGUCUGUCAGUUCACCAACAGCCGUCCGUCCAGAAGAACAAUCACAGGAAAGAACUGACCACACCCAAGCCCACCACGUCGACCACAGAGUUCCAGAUCGGCGUGGGUCUCUUCGUGCGGCCACCCGUCGUCAGCGGCAGCGACAAAAGCCAAGGGACUCGCGUGCAGCAGACCACAAAGAAACCGGAGCCACAGUUCAUCGACCUUACUGCGGGCCUAGAUGGUCUCCCAACGAAAGACAAGGGCCAUAGCCCAGCCAACCCAGUACCACCGGAGAGACCUGCGCCAGGACCGGCUUCGGAACCUUCCUGGCGUCCAGGGACAGCGCCACCUCCUAGCAUAGUUUCAGCACCGGCUCCCGAGAUCGCGUCCAAGCCGGUACGAAAGCCCGCGUCAGAAUACUCAGAAUUUGAAGCUGUUCCUCCUCCCAGUGGACCUGUUGUUGUCCAUCAAGACAGAAACAAUGAAAGCGCGUUCAUUCCGAUAGUCCAUCAGGGCACAAAUAGAACUACAUUCAUUCCUGUAGCCCACCAAAACACAAAUAAUGUAAGUGCUUUCAUUGCGGUAAUUCAUCCAGACAGAGACAACGAAACUAAAUUCAUUCCGGCCGUCCACCAAGACGGAAGCAAUGAAACUGCUUUCAGUCUUGCCGGCGGGAUGCGCGAGGGACAUGAACUCAAGAACCCUGAGAUGAACAUCACUUCCAUCUCCAUUUAUCAGACGGUGAGCACCAGCAGCGGAGACCACUCCGAGGUGCACUCGGUCAUCUACUCGGGCGGACAGAACUCCGGUGGCAUCGCCAAGUUCAUCUCCGGCGACAUGCCUUCCAAGCCCGGCGCGUACGACUCCAAGUACACGCCCAAUGACGAGAAAGGUACCGACUACUACGACAAAGGCAGCAAGAACGGCGACAAGUUUGGCUACCGGCCUCCGUCGACCACGGCCAGUCCCGCGCUGAAGGUGGUCACGCGGGUGUCAUACAGCGUGGUCACCAACGCGCCCCUCACCAAGGAGUCGGUGCACGAAAACGACAUCACCAAGCACGGAGAAGGCAACGGGCUCAGCGGCGACUCCGCAGUGGACCACACGUCCACCACACCCCUCGUCGCGCCGACAACGUCGAAGCGCGACUGCGACUACCUGAAAGAGAUCAAGUGCAAGAGUGGCGAGUGCGUACCCCACUCGGCGCUGUGUGAUCGCCGCCUCGACUGUCGGGACGGCUCGGACGAGCGCAACUGCUCUUGCAAGGAUUACCUCAAGCACGAACAGUUGCAGCACAAAGUUUGCGAUGGCAUUCUCGACUGUUGGGACUUGGCGGACGAAAUUCAUUGUCCCUGGUGCAGUCCCGAGAUGUUCGUGUGCCCCGGAGCCAAGCAGUGCAUACCUCAGCACAAAGUGUGCGACGGCCAUCACGACUGCCCCUACGGGCUGGACGAAGUUCAGUGCGUGGGUCUGGUGGACGAAGAGGAAGAGGCCACGUCCAUGUCCUCGGGCCAGGGCUACCUGCAGCUGAAGCGCAACGGCGUCUGGGGAAAGCUGUGCGUCGACCGGUUCCCGCGGUACCUGAGCAACGGCACCUGGUCCCUCGGGGAGAUCGGGCACGCGGCCUGCAACACCCUUUCUUACAGGAAAGUGCUCGCCAUCCGGAGAUCGAAGGACAAGAAACACGACGACGGCAGCCGCUACUUUGAGAUGAGGCACGAGGACGACGAGAAGUCGAACAUCGCUGUCAUGUACAAGGAGACGGACUGCCCGAGAAAAGAGGUGCUACACAUCAAGUGCUCAAAUCUUGAGUGCGGCAUCCGCCCACUGGGCACGUCGCUGCGACAGCGCAUCGUGGGCGGCCACAGCUCGGCUCCUGGAUCCUGGCCCUGGCAGGUGGCGCUCUACAAGGAGGGCGAGUUCCAGUGCGGGGCCGCGCUCGUCAGUGACCGCUGGCUCGUCACUGCAGGACACUGCUUCUACAACACGCUGACGUCACAAUGGGUGGCACGGAUGGGCAUGCUUCGUCGCGGCACCGAGAUGCCUUCCCCGUUCGAGGUGGUGGCCAGCAUCUCGCACGUGAUCAUCCACCCGCAGUACGUGGACAAGGGAUUCGCCAACGACAUCGCGCUGCUCAAGCUGGACAAGCCCGUAGACUUCAGUGAUUACAUUCGACCCAUCUGCUUGCCGAGCGACGGUGAAACGGAGAGGCCGAGACACACGUCGUUCUGCGUGGCGGUCGGAUGGGGAAAGCUGCUCGAAGUGGGACGCCUGUUCCCGGACACGCUGCAGGAGGUGCCGUUGCCGGUGCUGACGACCGAGGAGUGCCGCCGGAGGACGCUCUUCCUGCCGCUGUACAACAUCACGGAGAACAUGUUCUGCGCCGGAUACGAGAGGGGAGGCAGGGACGCCUGUCUGGGUGACUCUGGAGGACCGCUCAUGUGCCAGAAGGUGGACGGCCGGUGGUCGCUGGUCGGGGUGACCAGCAAUGGCGACGGUUGCGGGCGUCCGGGCAGGCCCGGCGUCUACACCAAAGUGAUGCGCUACUUGCCCUGGAUUCACAACACCAUGGAGAGCAAUCCGUCACCCAAGCCACCGAGCGUGUGCAAGGGGGUGCGCUGCCGUCUCGGACGUUGCAUCACCCAGGAACAUCUGUGCGACGGCACCAAGGACUGCUUCGAUGGUCGCGACGAGGAGGACUGCCCCAUCGGCAGCGGCUGAAGUCGUCGAUCGCCAUCGAGUAGCAACGUGUGUUCGACCGUCGUGGUUUCGUUGCAAGGGCUCUUGCUUUUUUUGGCCAAACUUGCACUGUGAUAGAUACACCCCCCUCCUCCCCCUUUCUUUCUUUUCUUUUUUUUUUAUUCCAAAACUCCCGUGUUGUGUGCCGUCGUGUAUAGUCCUCGUUCCAGUCUUCGUCGUCCGUGGGCAUUGUGUGUCUUCGGUGUCCCGUCCCCGCGUCGUGGUAUUACUACACUAGUACGGGCGUCCACACUUCUGUCCGAAACGCUUGGCCUGCGCGCUAAAGAGCAAGUAAAUCGAUAUCUUUGCGCUACUGCUCGGUUUGCGAGGCAUUAGAGAGUCUUUGCGUAUUGCUACCGCACUACCGAAACCGUUCCUGCAACCUGCGAGUUUCGAACGUGUCACAUAACUAAGCUACGACAGCCGCACGUACGGCGCGACUUCGCUAUGCGGAUAUGUGACAGGUUGCGGAAAGAGCGAAGGUGGAGCGGUAACGGUACGCUAAAGCUCGCUAAUGCUUUUGAGCAGCGCUAACCACAUGGACGUGGUGGCCACAUAGUAUUCACUCCAACCUCCUGUGCUACUUGCUCUGCAGCGCAGAGCUCCGGCGUUUUCUUCAAAACAUUCGUGGACGUCCGUACGCACUUGUGUGUCAGGAAAACAUCGUGCUACUUGGUGCCAACUGCUGCAGGAACGCUCACGAAAAGAAAAAAAGAAAAGUGCGCGACCUCAGCCCGUAUACCCCACCUGAAGGCUUUCUGCAUGUGUGCUGUGGGAGAUUUCUCCAAAGGGACCGACGAUAUCAAGGGUACGAGGGGGGCACCGUACGUUUUCCCGAGUGCGAGUCAUCACCACCUCUCAUCCUGUGCGGCGAAGCUAAUUCAGUGUCAGCAUGAUCUCCGCUCUAACGUACGUACACUUGUGAUGCCGGGUAACUAUAUACGCUUCACUACACUAACCGUACCGCGUUGUUUGGCGAAUCCAAGCGUAGUAACGCGUUUUAGGCUGCGCGAGUACACUCAAAAGCUAAAUGUUGCGCGCUGCGGGAAUGGUGCGCGAUUAACCAAUGUCGUAACAGCUUGUUUUAACAGCUUUAAGAGCUGUCGUAACAGCUUAGAAACAAAUUGUGCGCGGUCCGGUUCAAACGAUGUUUUGAACGCCAUCGUCUGAAAGCCGCUAACUUGAAAUUGUGUCGUGUUGCAUGCACGGCGUUAUAGUACGCCCAGCUUCCCUAAUCCAUCAUGACAUACUGUGUGCCCAGGCGAUAGCAUAGCCACCCGCACAUCUUCACAGGUCGCCACAUGCUCUUCGCCAUAGCGUCCUGCCGAAAGACGGCGCCACUGACUCCUCAUUCGCAUCGUUUACAACGCUCGCUGAACGCAUCAUUCACGUAACACUUGUGUCGAACACGGCAAACUCAUCUUCGAGAGCAGCUAAACAAGGUAGGGAAGCGCAGAGCUCAAUGAGAAAAAAAAACAACAUCACGUUGCAUUCCAUAUCGCUUUCCCUCUAGUCAGCCCGGGGCAACCCACUCAAACUUACUCACUAGGCUCACGUAAUUUAUGUGUUCACCUUUCAAUUAAAUGGUCCGCGUAAAGGUAUGAAUGUGUUUUGUAUGUUUCUGGUGUCGCCGUGAUGUGUUUGAAUAAAGCAAAAAUGUGGUGACUGCCAA